CACCGCCGGGGAGCCCUCCACGCCGUGCGACAUGGCCGAGAUCGGGAAAGGGGUCACCGCCGGGAAGCUGGCCAUCAGCGUCCAGAAGCGGCUCACCAGAGCGCAGGAGAAGGUCAUGCAGAAGCUCGGCAAAGCAGAUGAGACCCGAGACGUCGCCUUCGAGGAAAUGGUGGCCAACUUCAACAAGCAGAUGACAGAAGGCGGCAAACUGCAGAAAGACCUGAAAGCCUACCUGGUAGCAGUGAAAACGAUGCACGACGCGUCCCGGCGGCUGCAGGACUGCCUGGCCGACAUGUACGAGCCGGAGUGGUUCGGCAAAGAGGAGAUGGACGCGCUGACGGAGGAGAUGAUAGAGAAGGAGAUGGACAAUAACCUGGAGGACACAGACACUCUGUGGCUAGACUACCACCAGAGCAUCACUGAUAAAUCUCUGACCUCUCUGGACUCGUACCUGACUCAGUUCCCUGAUAUUAAGGCUCGCAUCGCCAAGCGUGACAGGAAGAUGGUGGACUUCGACAGCGCCCGGCAUCACUUCAGCUCCUUACAGAAAGGAAAGAAGAAGGACGAGGCCAAGAUCGCCAAGCAAGCAGCCCUGUUGGAGAUGGCGGCUCCCAGCUGGGCUCAGGGUUUGAUAUCAGCCCACCAGGUGGCUCAGACUAACCUCUCCUUCAACCAGGCCGAGGAGGAGCUGGGUCGAGCUCAGAAGAUUUUCGAGGAGCUGAACGUGGAGUUGCAAGAUGAGCUUCCAUCACUGUGGGACAAUCGUGUUGGCGUCUAUGUUAACACAUUCCAGGGCCUGGCAGGUCAUCAGGAGAAGUUCCACGGGGAAAUGAACAAGCUCAGCCAGAACCUGAACGACAUCAUGAGCAAACUGGAAGAGCAGCGGGAGCAGAAAAAAGGUGCUACUGCAGCAGCAAAGACAGGAGAAGGUGCCAAGAGUGAGGAAACCAACCACAGUGAAUCAGCCAGCUCAGCACCAAAGGUGGUGCAGAGGCCCGGUCCUCCUCCCAGUCGGCCUCCGCCCCGACCGAUGCCGUCUCCGGACCAGCGGCAGCAGCGGGUGGACCCGGUAGAGGACGAGGCCUCGGUGUCUGAUGUUAACACAGAGUCCAGCACCACGACGACGCAGCAGUGUGAGCCCUGGUCAGGGGUGAACCUGCUGGAUUGGGAUGUGGAGGUAUUACAGCCCGUCUCAUCUCCAGCUCCCAAGGUGGGUGGGCUUCGUAACGGUGAAAGGUUGGCGGAGCUGAAGGGUUGAAGACGUGUGUUUACAUGCAGAUAUAAAAACCUGUGUGUUCGAUUUCAUUUCACCUCGACUGAAGUGAUCUCACAAAACCAAAGAAGGCAGAAACGUCUUCAAAACUCUUCCACAGAAGAGACGAGAACUGAGUUUCAAACUGCUCCCCAUCUCACGCAUGGUGCAGAGAUCCAACAGAAGACUGCAUGUGAACACAGCUUCUACUAUUGUGUGUGUGUGUUUAUGUGAACUGCAUGUCCAUUCAGCCUCACUUUGCAUGCACAUGUACAGUAUAUGAGCUGAUCAGAGACUCUGCAAAUCGUUUGAUAAAACUUUAAGCAAAAGCUGCAAAACAUUGUCAGCUUUUGAAUGUGGAGUUCCUCUAAAACACGUAGAACUCAUGUGUGCUUCCUAAUGUUUGACCACUUUGAUGACGACCUGCACACUUUGUUCUCAUGGUUGUCUCGUCUCUAACUGCACCACGGAAGGCGCCAUCAUGGGACUCAUGGGUAAGCAUGGGUUCCUGUGCUCUUAACGGAGAAACGGACUCUUUUAUUUUCUACAUGUGAAGUAGAGCAGAGGAAGCUGGACUGUAGACGACUGACAGCAUCUUUUUUCAUCAUAAACCUCCUUCCUUUUCCUCUACGAUGCCCGUACCACCCGGGGUCCUGAUCUUUCAUGAUCCUCCUCCCAUCCUUCCACCUACCUUCCCUCUUGAUUCCAAACCCGCCACAACGCUCCUCAACCCCCUGACCUUUCCUAGCAAGAACAGACCGCCGCAGAGCCGCAGCACGAAGACGAGCGAUACCCAGAGGAGGCCAAAGGCGGCCGGGAACCCGAUGAAGGCAGCACCCAGCCCGGCAGGGAGGAUGCAGAGGCGGCUCAGGGUCAGGAGAGCAAAGUCUAUGCUGCUCCGUCGUACAGCGAGCCCAGCUGGGACGACGAUGGCGCCCGAGGGGGAGGUGGCUGUGGGGGUGAAGGAGAGGCCCAGGUAGGGUCGAAUCAUAGGGAGGCAGGUCUUUAACAGCCUGGAACUCAAGGAUCCCUAGUGAGAGUCACCAAACCCCUCUUCUUUCGUCUACUUUCACCUCUUUUUUCUGUUUAAUGCUUCUUCACACAUCUGACUGUGACUUCCUGAAUAAUAACCCUGGACCUUCUCUGCUUGUUCCA